AUGGCCCAUCCUGAGGGGGUAUGCGGACUGAAGUGGGCUCCGUCUGGACGCCAGCUCGCCAGCGGGGGAGACGACAACCUCGUGCACAUCUGGGACACAGCUCUCAUGUCGUCUUCCACGGCACCAGACGCUGCUGGCCGCCGCGAUGGAGAAGGUCGUCGGAGGACGAACCCAAGCUCUGCUGCUACUAGUGCCACGGGAUCCCACGUGCCUUUGCUUCAUCGAUUCGCGGAUCACCGCGGAGCGGUCACGGGCUUGCACUGGAGCAAGAAGGAUCGUGAGAUCGUAAGCGCGCAUGGCUAUCUGGGAGCGAACACGAACCAGCUGAUCGUUUGGAAGUAUCCGUCUCUCGUACCGCUGGCCCGACUUAAAGGGCACCAGGACCGUGUGGUGUCAACUGCGCAGGCUCCUGAAGGUGACAUCAUAGCUUCCCUCUCGGCUGAUGAGUCUCUCCGCAUCUGGCGGGCGUUCAAUCCUAAAACUGCUGCUGCUGGGACUGCUAGGACUGGAAGCGGGACGACCAAGAGGGAAAUCGAGGGAGGGAUGAUAGCAGGCAGUGGGUUUGUGAAAUCUCAGAUUCGCUAG